UUUAGGUAGGCCAGAUUAAGUUGACCUAUAUCUGUAAUAUAUUUAAGACGAAACUGACUUCUCGCUCAUUAUCUCCUAGGAUGCAGCCAAAAUGCAUGGGAUUUUAAUCAUAACAACAUUUGCAGUGACGGCAACUGUUGCCGCCGCUGUCUGUAACAACGAGUGUAACUGGAACGGACGGUGCAUCAAAAACAACUGUCAGUGUUUUCAGGGAUUCUACGGCAACGACUGCAGUGGUGAUUGUGGAUGUCAAGGCUAUGGACGCUGUGCCAGUGACCAAACUUGCCUUUGUGCCGACGGAUGGAAAUGGAACCCGACUCAACAUAAAUGUGCGUGGGACUGCCAAUGUAUGAACGGCGAGUCUUGUAUCGGCCCUGGGGAGUGUGGAUGUACCCUGAAAUGCAAAUAUGGCGCCUGUCGUAAUGGUCAGUGUGUGUGCUGGGAAGGAUACAAGGGAGUUGACUGCUCACAGUAUGAUUCUAGCAUAAUGAUGAACAAGGAUGUGGCGGUAGGCAUGAACUUGGGUGGAAUCAGCUACUACUCCUCUGAGGUGAAGUUCGUGGACGUCCACAAGCUGUCCCAGCAGUGGGUCACGGAGAGAGAUGGACGACAUGAUUGGAACACUAAUGAACAGGACACGCUACACUUGAGGGCAGAUGGCUACCCAGCUAGUCUUGAACCUGGACAGAAACUUCUGCAGUUAAUGUUCAGAGGUUUUGGACCACAUGAAGAGAUGGGGAAUUUUACUGCACUGUAUGAUGGCGAGGGGAUUAUAGACUUUGGACUUACUGAAGAACACAUUCUUUAUGAUGGAAAAGGUCGCAUGGUUGUUAGAAUGCCAAAGAUUGGUUCAGGGGGCUUCACCCUGACGAUCCAUAAGACGAAUCCGAAGAAUCCAUUAAGGAACAUCCGAGUUCUUAUCCCAGGCUACGAGAAUGUGUACGAUCGGUUCCCAUUUCACCCAGCCUUCUUAGAAAAUCUCAAACGAUACUCCGAACUCCGUUUCAUGGACUUCUUGUCUACCAACGGUCAUAAGCCAGAGCCAACAACAUGGGCUGACCGUAAUACCCCUGAUUCUUACACCCAAGAGGGGUCACGUGGCGGGGCCAUCGAGUACAUGAUACAGCUAGCCAAUACACUGGGAGCAAAUCCUUGGUUCAACAUUCCUCAUGCUGCAACUGAUGACUACGUCAAAAACUUUGCUCAGCUGGUGAAGCAGACACUGAGGCCUGACCUGAAGGUGUACCUGGAAUACUCCAACGAGGUAUGGAACGGUAUAUUCCGACAGACUAAAUACUCACGCGAGCAGGGUCUCAAGCUGAAUCUUGACUCUCAGCAGUGGAAGGCAGGACAGAUUUACUAUGGCAGAAGAUCAGCUGAGAUUGUUGACAUCUGGAAUCAGGUGUUCGGAUCUGACAAGGACAAGCUGUACCCUAUUUUUGCAUGGCAGACAGGGUACAAGGACUAUUACAGACAGGCGGUGGCGGCCCUGGGAGAUAAGAUAAAAAAGUUCAAGGCCCUUGCUCUCACGGGCUACUUCAACUGCGAUCAGGCUGCCGACAAACACGCAAAGGAGAUCGUGUCCAUGUCUAUGUCUCAGAUUCAGGAUCUGUGCAAGAAAGAUGUCCCAGACAUGGAAGAUUAUCUCCAUUACUACUUAAACAUGUCCAAGAGUCACGGCCUGCAGCUGGUAAUGUACGAGGGAGGACCAGGAGUGAUGGAGAGUGGUGCCAUAGCUCACUUCGGUCAGCACACACAGGCAGUGACCGACAAGGCCAUUGCCUUCAACAAAGACAGCCACAUGGAACAACCUAUCAUUGACAUCAUGGACACAUGGUUCAAACUCGUUACACAGGAUCCGUCCAACAAAUCACCUGGAGGUCUAUUUAAUUACUUCUCCUACACAAGUACACCCUCCAAGUACGGAAGUUGGGGGAUGUUGGAGUACACGGGAGAGGAUCCAAAGACAGUGCCAAAAUUCAGGGGAGUGCAACGGUUUAUCACAGACCAUUACAAGUCAAAUCCCCUAGGUCCUAAGUGCAGCUUUGUGAAAGCAGGAGCCUUGGCGUAUGGGUGUUUCCAGCAGACCACUGGAGUUUUUAAGUGUGGACAGUCUGACAACAAUGGCCGGUCUUGGAGUUUCUACCCAAGUUUCAACCAGUCACAGGGAGAGUUUUUGGUUCUCGACGGCUACAACCCCAAAACGUUCUCUCUUUAUGUGCGUCUGACGGACACCAUGGGUGCCAAUAGCUACUACGUGUACAACAUUCGAGGCAUGAAAUGGAGCACUUUGCAGGUGUUUAGAUAUUACGAAGAAGAAGCUGCAUACGACCUUCUGCCACGACUUCCCAACGGGGUCUAUGACAAUCUCGAUGCGCAUGCCCACUGCGCCUGAUGUAGCUGGUAUAUGCAAUAUACAAUAUAUACAAUAUCAAGUAAAACCAUAUCACAACACACA